AGGUCCAAGUCUCCCUGCAGUGCUUCAUCUUACUGUAGAAGUUCGUAUACCUACACCAAGUCAAGAUCCAGUUCUUCCCCCACUCACUCCUACUCUCGAUCAUUCAGUCGUUCCCAGUCUCGUUCCUCCCCGCGAUCGCCGCCGUAUCCAAGAAGAGGCAAAGGGAAGAGUCGUAACUAUCGCUCCAGGCCAAGGUCACGCGGCUCUCACCAUUCAAGGCUAAGGUCACCCCCGCACAGAAGAUACCAUUCACGGUCAAGGUCUCCGGUGUUUAGGGGCCAGUCUCCAACUAAACGGACUCUACCUCAAGGGGAAGGAGAAAGGGAGUGUUUUAACAGGUCCAGAGAGGUUCCACCAUAUGAUAGGAAAGCUUACGAGGGCAGAUCCCGUGACUGGAGGGAUCCAUUUGAAAAGGAAAGAUACAGAGAACGGCGAGGGAACUCUAGGCACCGGAGUGAGAAGUUUUACAAGGGCUAUGCUGUUGGCUGUCAACCUCCACCUCCACAAAACAGAGAGGACUUUUCUCCAGGUAGGUUUGGUCCACCUGGCACCAGACGAGAGAAUUUGCCAUGUGCUCAGGGACGUAGGCAGGAUUAUCCUGCUGGGCAGAGGCACAGAAACCAUCAUACAGCUGGAAAUUGCCCUGAAAAACCAUGUGGAAGGGAGAGCCGUGGCAUCAAAGAUCCUGAAACAUCAAAAAAGAAAGAGGUGGAAAAACCACUGGGAGACAAGAAAGGCAAUAAAGAUAAAAAGCACCGGAAUGAAGGAUUUCCAAAUGCUGAGUUGUUGGAAGGUGCGAGAAAACCAAGAGAGGCAGCUGCAGCAGAAGGUGUUACAGCGGAGUCUGUCUUCAGGCUCCCAAGCAGAGACGAUGCCACCCCUGUGAGAAAUGAGCCUAUGGAAACAGAGUCUAGUGCUUUCAGACUGGGGUCUGAAAAGGAGGAAGAAGAGAAGGAUAAGCCAAAAGCAAAGACUGACAAGGCCAAGCGGAAAGUAGAAGUGGCUCUUCCUCCUAAGACGGACAAUACAGUAAAACCAGCUGAAGGUUCCAACGAGAAGGUGGACACGGGUCGUGACAAAUCUCCUCGACUGGAACCUCCUGCGAAAAAGGCAAAGGAGGACUAG